AGGGAGGACAGUUGGUUCUGGCUGAUAUAAAUGCCCUCCAAAUGGUUUCUCACACUCAACCAGGAGGACCUGAAGUUGUCACACACGGACAGACACGGAUACAAACGGACUACUGCCGCCGCAUCAGGACCGGGAGGAACACUCACACUGCGAGUCCACCACCAGCUACCUCGAUUCCGCAGUUACUUUACUUUUUUGUGAAUUGAAUUCCCUUUCGUAUCGAUGAAGGAACGCCGUUCGGUUCAGAGAUCAGCGCUGAAGCCUGCCCUAGACCCCCCGCAGAGCGUCACGUGUAAGGUUGUGGUGGUGGGCGACAGCCAGAGCGGGAAGACCGCGCUGCUCCACGUGUUUGCGAAGGACUGCUUCCCCGAGAGCUACGUACCCACCGUGUUUGAGAACUACACAGCGAGCUUCGAGAUUGACAUGCAGCGCAUCGAGCUCAGCCUGUGGGACACUUCAGGGUCUCCGUACUACGACAAUGUCAGACCACUGUCCUACCCGGACUCGGACGCCGUGCUGGUCUGCUUCGACAUCAGCCGGCCCGAGACCCUGGACAGUGUACUGAAGAAGUGGAAGGCAGAGAUCCAGGAGUUCUGCCCGAGCACCAAGGUGCUGCUGGUGGGCUGCAAGUCGGACCUGCGCACCGACCUCAGCACCCUUGUGGAGCUGUCCAACCAGAGACGGAACCCCGUGUCCUACGACCAGGCGUCCAGCAUGGCCAAGCAGAUCUCGGCGGUAUACAUCGAGUGCUCGGCGCAGCAGUCGGAGAACAGCGUUCGGGACAUCUUCCACGUGGCAACGCUGGCCUGCGUCAACAAGACGGCCAAGGAGGGCAAGCGGGCUAAGUCCCCGCGGCCCCCACAGCGCGCCUCGUACAUGCCCAGUCGGCCGAAGCUGCCCGCCGACACUGCCGACCUCCGCAAGGACAAAGCCAAGAGCUGCUCGGUCAUGUGACUGCAGGACUGUCGCAGAGAGGGCCUAUUGGACCCGGUCGACGGAAGGGGUCAUGUGACAUUGAGGGGCAGCGAUGGAGAGCAAUGCAUGAUGGGAGAGGGGUGCUGGGGGAGUGGCUCUUCGCCGGACACUCCUGGUUGAGCUGGAGUUGGCUCUGUUGUUCGAUACCUUUGACAUUCAAACAGUUCCGUUUCCAUAGAGACGCGGUGAGACCCUCCACCUGGACAUGGAAGGAGGAACGACUCAUUAGGAUAGGACUGCCUAGCAACUGGCCUACCCGCAUCCUCCCCCUCCCCCUCCUCCCACACAUCCCCCUCGUCCUGAAACAGGGGGAAGAGGAAGUGCUCUCUAUCACAGCCGGGCACUUCCUGUAUCAACUUCUCUCCACACCCCUCCCCUCCACCCCUGCACCCGGAAGUGACCCGUUUCCUCAGAGGUUCGUAGAGGAGGAGUCGGCUCCCUGCACCCAUUCCACCACCAGCUCCACCCCAAAUGGAAGAGGAUGAGUUGGCUCACUACAGCACCUCCACCACCAGCUCUACCCCGACAGGAAGAGGAGGAGGCAGCUCACUGCACCACCUCCACCACCAGCUCCACUCCGACAGGAAGAGAGGAGGUGGAGGAUGUAGUGUUGGUGUCGGGUUGGGAGGUCGGUGGUCAUGUGACCACUGCUCACCACGUCAUGCAGGAAGGCGACGGCGACAUGUGGUGGAUGUUGUCGUGGUGUUGGGUUCCUAGGGCCUAUUCUGCUACUUGUAUUUCUUAGGAAGUGGUCUCUCCGGUGCGGGCUGGUGUCCGGGCGGUAGAGCCGCUUGUUAUUUUGCAGUCUGUUUGUCAUCGUAUCCGCCCUCUUUGUCUCUUCUGUCGAUGUCAUACCAAAGAACAUCAAUUAUAUCGUUUUUUUCCCGCUCUGAUCCAAAAGGACUGACCGGCGAAUGAUCAAUUCUUUCAGACAAACGCCUCGAGCCGAGUCCGCAACAUGAACUUGUGGAGAGAACUAGUUCUGGUGAGAACUAGUGAUUGUUAAACCAGCGAAAGGCCCCACAGUGUGAAUAUCGGGUUGUUCUGUAAAAUAGUGCAGAACCUCGACAAAUAUUCUUGUCUUUACCCCAAGACCUCUGAGAACGUAUGAUUGUUCAGUGGAACUCAGCUACUUCUCACACAUACCAUCAAACCAGAAUGAUAAACUAACUGCUGUGACAAUUCAAACAAAAAACAAAGACAGUACUGUCAGAGAUCAAAUAUUUAUCAACUAACUAAUAAAAAACAAAUGCACAUUUUUGGGGUCAUAUAUUUUUUAUAUUUGUAACAAUAAUUUUGCUAGCUAUACAUUUAGAACAAAAUGUAGUUCAAUAUAAUUUUUUGGGAAUAUUUGAAUAUCUGCGCAAUCGCUGUGCUUGGAAAUCAAUGAACUCUGCCAAACUUUAUUGGCACACAAAAAAAGCUGAAAUGAUAAUACUGCUUUCAAGUCUUGCCAGUUUGACUGUGAAGCUGUUUGGUUUUCCCUUCCAUAAAAGUAUUUUUUCUAGAGCUGUCAGUUAAACGCGUUAUUAACGGCGUUAACGCAAACCAAAUUUAACGGCGUCAAAAAAUAUAACGCACGAUUAACGCAAUUAUUUUAUAAAAUAAAAUAAAAAAUAAAAAUAAAAAAAAUCUUUGGCUCAAAACAAAGAAGCAGUAGCCUGACUGCUAUGUUCAAAUGACAUUUGUUCAAUGCAGUCGUUUAAUUGCACUAUAGGCUCUUUUUUUGUAUCAUCCUGUUUUGAUCAGUAUAUGCCAAUGUUGUUAUCAAUAAAAAAUCAUUUGCACAAGGCAAGCCGAUGCACUUCACCAUGUUGAUAAGAGAAUUAAAAUGAGAAGAAUUAUGGGACAAAAAAAUCAAGGGAUAUUUAGCAUAGAAAAAUAAUUUGCGAUUAAUCGCGAUUAAUCGUGAGUUAACUAUGACAUUAAUGCGAUUAAUCACGAUUAAAUAUUUUAAUCGCUUGACAGCUCUAAUUUUUUCUAAUGUCUGUUGAUAUCUUUCACAUCGAUGUUUGCACAAUAUUUAUAGAACAAUUCUUUCCCUUUUCAAUAAAUAACUGAAAACAGAAUUGUUUGUUUGAUUAUGUAAACGUGGCAAUUCAAGGAGUCAAACAAGUAUGUCCUUUAAUGCAGGGUUUCUCAAGCUUUUAUUACUGAGGCCCGGUAAUGCAUAUUUGAAAUAUUUUCACAGCCAGUUAUAAGGAGGGGGGAUGGACCACAGAUACUGUCGGACUGUUGGAACACAGAUACUUCAGGACCAUUAUUAAGAAUCUAAACACAUUUUUAUUAAUAGACAGUAACAGUCUAAC